CGAAUUUCUUGCAAUAAAUUAAAGAAAUGACCCAAAAGCCCUGGCAAAGCGAUGAAUUCAUGCUCUUCGAGGAUCGCACCCUCAUCAAGUGCAACUUCUUCAAGAAGGCGAAUUUCACGGUUACCCUCGCUCCCGGCUACCAGGGCAUUCCAGAAAACCUUCUAAUCAAUCUCGUAAUGUGGGUGAGCCUCAUCACGCUGUACAGUGUUCUCAAUAGAACGGCUAAGAACUACAGCAGAAUGGCGCUGCUCCACAAUCGAGACGACCAGAAGUGGUCCCAGCUCAUUUACGGAAAUCGAACAGAACUCGAAGCGGACGAAAGCCUUGAAUCCCUUGAGACUGUAAUACGGCACGAGACAGGAUUCCUCAGCUGGGUUUGGUCAAUCUUCCUGAUAAAGGACCGGCACGUGUUGAAAAAGAACGGUCCGGACGCAGUGCAGUACCUGACCUUCCAGAGACACAUCAUUGUCUUCGUGCUCAUCGUGUGCCUCUGCUGCGUGGGGAUCAUCCUGCCCAUCCAUGUAUUCGGAGACAUCGAAGGAGACGCGCGGAAGUUCGUCCAUACCACCCUCAACAACAUGGACCCGAAGGCAGCAAGUUUGUGGGUCCAUGUGGUUUUCGCCUUCCUAUUCCUGCCGCUGGGCGUGAUGUUUAUGCGACACUUCUCAGCCAAACUCCACAUACAUCCGGAAGAGAGCAGGGUCAGCCGGACUCUCAUGAUCGUCGGAGUGCCCCGGAAGAACUGCAACGGCCAGAUGUUCCGCCAGCACUUUAGCGAGGCCUAUCCCGACUGCCUCAUCCAGGACAUUCAGUUCGCCUACGACAUAAGGGAGCUGGUUGUCCUCGAUAGCAACAGGGAGGUGUCGACCCAGGCCAGAAUGUGGUGUGAAAAUCAAAUCAACAGCACCGGCGAGCGGCCCAAGAUGAGGCCCUAUCAGUUUAGCAGGCUCUGGGUAUUCGGCGAUGCGUGUGGCUGUAAACGGGUGGACGCUCUCGACUACUACCUAAGAGAAGAGUCGGACUAUCUGAGGGAGGUGGAGUUGGAGCGCGAAAAGGCACUCGGGAGGCCAGUGGGCUUUGUCUUUGUCACCUUCGAAAGCGAGGAAAUGGCCAUGAUGGUCUGCAAGGACCACAGAACCCAGUGCCAAUGCUACUCUCCAAACUCCAUGCCGACGUCCAGCAUGACCAAGGACCUUCGUCCCAAUACUUGGAAGGUCACAUUUGCACCUCCGCCCAGCGACAUCUUUUGGGAAAAUCUGUCCGUUGGCAAGUGGGCCUGGUACAUCCGCUCGUUCGUCAUCAACUUCGUGCUUUUCCUCAUUCUGUUCUUUCUCACAACUCCCUUCAUCAUCGUGUCCAACCUCGACCGCAUCUUUCGGUCUGCGCAGCCAAUGAAUCCAUUUUUCUCCAAGUUCCUGCCGACCAUGAUGCUCUGGCUGGUGGCUGCUGCGAUGCCCGCUAUGGUCACCAUGUCUGACGUUUUCAUAGCACACUGGACCAGGUCAUCAAGAAACCACUCCGUUAUGAGGAAGAUAUUUUUGUUUCUUCUGUUCAUGGUCCUUAUUCUACCUUCGUUAGGCCUAACAAGUGCUGAGGCAUUCGUCAACUGGGCAUUUAGACCGAGCAAUCAGACCGAAUUUUGGAAGUGCCUCUUUCUCCCAGACAGCGGCGCCUUCUUCAUAAAUUACGUAGUCACCUCCUCGUUCGUUGGCACCACAAUGGAGCUCAUUCGCUUCCCACAGCUAUGCCUCUUUAUCCUGUACACCUUCAUGUCACGGUCGAAAGCAGAGACGUUCGCUGUUCAAAGAGCGUCUCUGUUCGAAUUCCAUUUCGGCGUCCACUACGCCUGGUACCUACUCAUUUUUGCGAUCAUCAUGGUCUACAGUUUGUCCUGUCCUCUCAUCGUACCUUUCGGUCUGGUAUACCUUUGCUUCAAGCACAGCGUAGACCGCUACAACAUCUACUUCGUAUACAGCCCUUCCAAAACGAACAAAUACAUCCAUGCGACAGCCAUAGACUUCGUAAUCUUGUCGCUGAUCUUGCUCCAGCUCACGCUCUUCAUAUUCUUCUUCCUCAGAGCAGGAAGUAGCAACGUAACCCUGGUGACCUGCAUCAUCUUCCUCAUGUCCUUCAUCAUGUUCCUGGGCCACGCCAUGAUGAAGUGCUUCCGCGACUUUGGCCCGAUUAAAUACGUGGCGGCCAAGCGGAAGAUGUACGGACAGCGGCCGAGCCCGCGCAAGAUGUCCACGGUCACCGUGGCCCCCAGGUCCGCCAUCAAGAAAAAGCGCCACGUAUCCAUCUCGCGGGCGCCCAAUCUGUCCCCGCUGCUGAACGACGUGGAGACGCAGGGUCAACAGACACCGACGCAAUAAAUACGAAUGCACACACACUCUUAAA